CAGUGUAUUGCUGAUUUUGAUGGUACAUUAACAAGGGGGUCAUUCAAAGGGGAAAAAGCACAUAGUAGUUUUGGUACUGUGACAGAUGGCCAGUCAUAAAUGCUUUUUUGGAAAUUUCCUAUAUUUUUAUAAUUUAUAGUAGUAUAUGCAAGUAUAUAAGUACAUGUCUAAAAUUAAUGUGCUCUUCAAUACAUAUAGCUGUUGUUGCCCGUUCUGCAUUGUUACCAGAGGAUGUUGAAAAAAAGGUUUGUGAGUUUGAUGAAAGUUUUCUCAGGGUAUUGCACAUUAUUUUGUGAUGUUUUAGAAUUCCUGAAUUACUCUUAAAAUAUUAUUACUUCAGGAAAAAGAACUACGAGCAAAGUAUUAUCCAAUUGAGAGAUCCAGGUGAUUGUAACUUUAUUCUCUCAGCUAAUUUCUAGCUAGCGGAACUUUUUAGAGAUAAUAAAUCUUUCUGGUCUCUAAAUUCUAUGUAAGUAUGUCAUCGUCUUCAUCAUGAAGCUGUCAGUAAUAGUUUUCCUGUUCAUUUUUUACCAGUGAUAAAACCGAGGAAGAAAAAUUCAAGGCUAUGACAGAAUGGUAAUAAUUAAUAUGAAACACACUUUUGGGAUGUUUAUUAAUGAUUUUAUGUAAACUUGUUAAUUAUUGUUUAUUUUUCUUCUGUACAGAAGAAAAACAUAAAUAAAGGAUUUUCCUAUUUAUCCAAAAAGAUUUCUUCCCACAGGUGGAAAGGAAUCUUUGAAAUUCUGGAAGAGGGUGGCUUCCAGAAACAAAUGAUUCCAGAGAUGGUUAAAAAUGGAACUUCAGUUUUAAGGUAAAAUGUGAAUCUGAAGCAAUAUUGUCCAAAUGUACUGAAUGGAAUCUUUUGACAAUUGGUAAUAAAUUUAUUUUUAGGGAGGGUGGACUUUAUUUUCUGCAGAGAUUAGAUAAAGAGAAAAUACCUUUGUUGGUAUUUUCCGCUGGCAUUGGAGGUAAUUGUCAUCACCAUUAUCACAGCCAUCAUUAUAUUCAUCAUUAUAUCACCCCCACCAUCAUUACCAUGACCACCACCAUCAUUACAUCACCAUCAAAACCACCAUCACCAUCAAAACCACCAUCACAAUCAAAACACCACCACUAUCACCAUCAACACCACCAUCAUUACCAUGACCACCAUCAUGAUCACCACCACCAUCAACACCACCUGAUCAUCUUCACCCCCACCAUCAUUAUCACCAUCAAAACCACCAUCAUCACAAUCAAAACACCAUCACCCCCACCUUCAUUACCGUAACCACCACCAUCAUCACCAUCAUCAUCACCAUCAUCAUCAACACCACCUGAUCAUCAUCACUGUCACCAUCAAAACCACCAUCAUCACAAUCAAAACACCACCACUAUCACCAUCAACACCACCAUCAACACCACCAUCUCAACACCACCUGAUCAUGACAUCGUCACCACCAUUUUUGAUGUCCAGUUUGUUGUUUUCCGCACGCCUAGAUAUAGUCCAAGAGGUCUUUGUGCAACAAGCUGCUGAUUCCACCAGUAAACUUCUUGAUAACAUCACAAUUAUUUCAAAUUAUAUCAAAUGGGAUAAUGAGGGGAAUAUGGAAGGGAUCAAGGGAGAUAUUCUACAUUCCAGCAAUAAAGGGGAAUUUCCUGCACCUUUAAAUUAUAAAGACACUACUGUUAAGGUACAAGGAAUUAAAAAUAUUUUUCUAUUCUUGCUUGAAUUACUAACAAAUCUGAGCAACUUCCUAAAAUUUUAAUGUGUACAGUACAUGUACUAUAAAAAAUAUCAAUCACAUAGUUUUGUUUCUUUUAAAUCGUCUUUUCUCAUCAGGGUCGCAACAAUAUCUUACUGUUGGGAGAUAAUUUUGGUGAUGUGGAAAUGUUGAACUGUGUUGAAAAUGCCGAAACCAGUUUGAAUAUUGGAUUCUUAAAUGAUAAUGUAAGACAUAUAUUAAAGUAUUGAAGCUCCCUCAGCAGUGUGUGAUAAAUCAAGUAUAAUGGAUCUCACAACUCUCCCAUAUCCAAAUUUUGUGGCAUGUUCUUUAUUUUACUAGGUAAAUGAGCUGAGAAAGAAUUUUGAACAACUCUAUGACAUAGUAGUUGUAGACCCGGAAUCAAUGACUCUUGUUUCUGUGCUGUUGAUGAAUCUUUUGGACAAGAAAUAGAAGAUUACAGAAGAUAUAAAUAAGGUGAAUUGAUCUUUAAAGCUACUGAACACAAGCCUAAUUAGCUGUUCAUAAAUACUGUAAUAAAGCAAUUUUUAUCUAGGUGAUGUUGCUGAGCACAUGCAAUCCUCACUGAUAGUUGUCAGACAUGGCGGGUACUAGCUAGCUAUACUGGGUUUCAAUAAAAUAUUUAUUGGAAUAUUACAGAAUAAUAGUUAACAAUUAUAUUUGAAAUACAAAAUCAUUGAAUGCAUAAAAUUACUAAUAACAAUUUUCACUCAUAAUUUUACAUGAUGUAGGUUCUGUACAGUAGUUAUAACAUUUUUCUGACUGAAUUCAUGUAAGAAAUAGGUGGAAAUAAAUAUGCAACUUGGAAAUUAAUAAAUUAUUUUUCAGUUUUUUAAGAUAUGCAUGGAGUUUAUUAGCUAGUUUAUGCAUAAAAUGAUAGUUCUCAGGACACAGUAUAAUUAUGGAUUUCAAUCUCUAUAGCUGCACAGUACAUAUUGUAUGUGUUGUCAUUGUACAGUAUAUGUUCACUGAAUACUUUCAUUUUAAAAUUUAGUAGCAAGCUGGUUUCACAAAAUGAAGAUGAUCCCAAGGCACAUACAGAUAUAGAAUGAGGGAAUUUGAAAAACAAAUUUUUUGCAAGCUGUUCUUCUUUAAUUUUUUCGGACCCCUCAUAACUUUUUUUCUUCAUUUAUUGUCGGUGAAAGACUCUUCAGACACAACCUUUAUAAUUUUUCCUUCACUUUGAUUUACUUCAACUUCAACAUUGUCAAGAU